AAGCUGCUUUUAAACUUGGUGUACCAGGAAAAAAAGUUUGUUGUAAUGAAGAUUAUUUAUUUGAAGUUGAUUUAGAUAAUCGAGAAAUUAGUCCGAUUUAUUGGGUCGAUGCGAUAUUCCAAGUAGUAAGAGCUACAUGGUUUUAUCAAGGCGAUAGCAAUUUUAUUCCAUGCGAUGAAAAUUUAUCUAUCCAGAUUGAGGAGG